UGGUGCCCUUAUAAAAAAUGGCAGCCAACUUCUCUUGCCUUAAUUUGGCCGACCCAAACGUUAGUGCUUUGCCCUUAGUUAAGAUGGCAUCUACCAACGCUUUUCUGCCCGGCCUCUGGCCUUAGCAGGUCGGCUUCAUUGCGCGAGCCUCAAUGACCCCGCCUGAUUUCCGUAGGAAGAAGCGCCGGGAAAGAUGGCGGCAGCUGCGGUUUGAAUUCCAGCGGCGCCGCCACAAUCUGCACAAGAGCUGGGUUGCAGGGGGCGGGGACCUGGAAGGCCGGGCGGGUCGCAACAGCCGGGGGAAAACCAGUGGCGCUGCCGUCACAGACACUAAUACCACCAUUGCCUUUGUGUCCAUGAUGGACUCCGUGUUGGAAGAAGACGUCACUCUGCCCGGGACGUUCAGUGGCUGCAGUGGCCUUGUUCCUCCUUUUCUGGAUGACCAGGAUGGCAUCAGCACCAGUGCUGGUUUGGGAAAUGGAAUGCUCCCCACUGCACCAGAAGAAAAGGUGUCUCCUACUCGAGCACGGAACAUGAAAGACUUUGAAAAUCAAAUCACUGAGUUGAAGAAAGAAAACUUUAACCUAAAGCUCCGCAUCUAUUUCCUUGAAGAAAGAAUGCAGCAGGAAUUUGAUGGCCCCACUGAACACAUUUAUAAAACUAAUAUUGAGCUCAAGGUGGAAGUAGAAAGUCUGAAGCGGGAGCUCCACGAGAAAGAGCAGCUGCUCAUCAAAGCCUCCAAAGCGGUUGAGAGCUUGGCUGAAGCGGGUGGCUCUGAAAUCCAGCGGGUGAAAGAUGACGCUCGGAAGAAGGUGCAGCAGGUGGAAGAUCGCCUGACCAAAAGGAUACUCCUCCUGGAAGGGGAUGUGAAAGCCGCUCAAGCAGAACUGGAAAAGGCCUUUGCAGGGACGGAAACAGAGAAGGCUCUUCGGCUGAGCUUGGAAAGCAAGCUUUCAGAGAUGAAGAAGAUGCUUGCAGGCGACUUGGACACGGCUCUGGCCCUGGAAGAGAAGGACAGGCUGAUUGAGGAGUUGAAGCUGUCUUUGAAGAGCAAAGAAGCUUUAAUUCAGUGCCUUAAAGAGCAGGAAUCUCAGAUGGCAUCUCCUGAUGAGAAUGUGUCAUCUGGAGAGCUUCGAGGACUUUCUGCUGCUUGGAGGGAAGAAAAGGAGAGAGAUGCUGAGGCUGCACAAAUGGAGCAUCAGAAGGAGAGAAGAGAGUUUGAAGAGAAGAUCCAGGCACUUCAGGAGGACCUGAGAGAGAAGGAAAGAGAAAUUGCUACAGAGAAGAAAAAUAGUUUAAAGAGGGAUAAAGCCAUCCAGGGCCUAACCAUGGCAUUAAAAUCAAAGGAAAAAGAGGUUGAAGAACUUAACUGUGAGAUUAAAGAGCUCAGCACUGCCCUGGCUAAAGCUAGAGAGGCUCCGCAGAAAACACAGACCCUAAAAUUCCACGGGUCUGAAGACCAUGACGCUGCUCUGGCAGAGAAGGAAGCCCUUUUGGCUGAGCUGCGCUCAGAAAACCUCACCAAGAUUUCCGAGAACCACAGAUUGCAGAGGAACAUUAAGAAGGUCACCCAGGACCUGAGCGAUCUGCAUCAGGAGAAAGAGAGCCUGGAGAGGGACCUGGAGGAAGCCCAGCGAGAGGGGAGCAAAGGAGCCCGCACCAUUCACGACCUAAGAAAUGAAGUUGAAAAAUUACGCAAUGAAGUAAAUGAACGAGAGAAAGCAAUGGAGAAUCUUUUGAGUGAAAGCAAUAAAAAAUUGCAUAAUCAAGAACAAGUGAUCAAACAUCUAACAGAAAGUGCCAAUCAGAAGGACUUGUUGCUUCAGAAAUUCAAUGAAAAAGAUUUGGAAGCAAUACAGCGGAACCGUUAUUUAAUGGCUGCGGAGGAUCCCAAGUUCAGGAGUGAAGGCUUAAUAACAGAAAAGCGCUCUUCUCAACAGUCACCAGGCAGCAAACUCAUCUUCUUGGGGGAAAAACAACAGUCAGACUAUGAAGAGCUAAUGCAGGUCUUAAAGAAGGAGCGGGACAUCUAUUCCCACCUGGUGAAGUCUCUGCAGAACUCAGACAGUGCCAACAACCUGCAGGCUGAGUUAAAUGCCAUUUUUGCCCUACGGAAGCAACUAGAGCGGGAUGUGCUCUCCUAUCGGAAUUUGCAAAAGACCCUGGAGGAGCAGAUCAGUGAAAUCCGGAGGCGAGAAGAAGAACCGUUUUCAUUUUAUAGCGAUCAAACAUCUUAUCUAAGUAUUUGCCUUGAAGAGCACAAUCUGUUUCAAGGGGAGCAUUUUUCUCAAGAAGAACUUAAGAAAAAGGUCAGUGAGCUCAUACAGCUUGUGAAGGAACUGUACACAGACAACCAGCACUUGAAGAAAACCAUUUUUGAUCUUUCCUGCAUGAGUUUCCAGGGAAAUGGGGGAGCUGACCCAAUAGAACAAAGAGAGCUUCUGCCUAGCAAGGGGAACGAAGACACUGUCAAAGUUGAAGAGGAUGACGGGACUAAUUUCCAAGGCGACCAGCAUUUGGAGCCGAAUAAUGAGAUUCUGGAGGACUGUGCCAAAGGAGGUUCUAAAAAUGGCUAUUUAAAGCACACGGAUUCCAAUAGUUUAGACUGUGAUGGGGCUAAUAAAGAUGGCUGCCUUGGAGACCAGAACCUAGAAGGUGUCAAGCUCUUGGGCCUUCUUGCCCCUUUCUUCAAUGAGAGAGCCCUGCUGUCACUGGAAUCCAGAAACAGGCCAGACCUUCUGAUAGCACUACAUGAACUGCUUCUGGAACAACUAUGCUUAGCAGAGCAGGUGGGUCCUGGAGAACACCUUGAUGGUGAAACUGAGAAGACACUUAAGCAAAUGGCCAUUCAGCUGAGAGAUGAACUUGGACAUUUGGUCCAAGCCAACUCAUUCACCAAGCCACACGGUGAACUGAAGUCAGCAGGGGCCCAGCUAGGAAAGAUGGGUGAAGUGGCCAAGGUGGAGCUGAAAGAUGCCUCCGUGCAGACUGUGCCCGGGGAAAGCCACCUGCUCAAGUUUGAAUGCGAUGGAAAGAGAGAAGCUUGGGAAGAGAAGCCAACAGAUGCCAUGUUCGGUGCUGAGCCCGAGAACGAAUGCAGGAUGCCAGGACAGCAGGCCACUCCCUUUCCUUGCCCCAGUGUGGCCAACAAAGGUGUUAAGAGGUCCCGCUUGCCGAUCCUAGAAAAACCAUCCCGGCCAUUAGGAAAUACGUAUCAUCUUCCUGCCACCCAGGAGGUGGUAGUUCAUCUACAAGAACAGAUCCUGGAGUUGCAGGGGGAGCUGAGGGAGUUUAAAACUCGAAAUAAGCAACUUCACCAGAAGUUAAUUCUGGCCGAGGCAUUGACGAAUGAGAGGCCAGCACCCGACCAAAUGCUGCUGAAUGUGCCUACAGCUCAGCCUCUUGUGGGAGCAGCUUACCAGGACAGCUCAGGAGAGCAGAGAAGAACUGAAGCCACACCCUUUUCCCAGAGAGACAAGGAGGGCAACAGUGACCACCAGCAAUCAAGCUACAUGACCCGUCAGAACUCAGUCUCUAUGAGUAUUGAACAGCUACCUGAUUCUAAGGUUUACCCAGCUGAUAACCUUUCCACAUUACCGGCAUGCAUAGAGAAUCCUGAAGAUUUACGGGACUCAAUCUCAGUAUCUACUCACUUGAGUUCUAAGAGUCAGCUUUCUGUUAAAGACAAUGCGAUUUGGACUGAUGAAUCUGAGAAUAUUGACACCUCAAGUAAUGCACAGUACUUAAAACAGAAAAUCCAUGACUUGGAAACUGAGCUAGAGGUCUACCAGAAAUUUAUAUUUCAGCUUCACAAGCAUUCCCAGUGCAGUGAGGCCAUUAUUACAGUUAUGUGUGGGACAGAAGGGGCCCAAGAUGGUUCGAACAACCUCAAAGGCAACACAGAAGAAGAAGAAAAGACCUUUUCAAGUUUGCACCAAGUACGAUACGUAAAGCAUAUGAAAAUCCUCUGUCCGUUGUCCUCAGAAAUGACUGAUGGAAGGGUGCUGGAAAGCCUCAAAGAGCAGCUGGUGGAACAGGAGUACGAGCUAAACAAGGAGCAGAAUUUGAACAUGGAACUCUUCAGUGAUAUCCAUAACCUGCCAAAUAAGUUCAGAGAUCUCUCAUUCUCAAGUUAUGAUUCAUUAGUGCAGUCCCAAGCCAGGGAGCUCUCCCUGCAGCGGCAGCAGAUUAAGGUCGGCCACGGCAUCUGUGUCGUUUACCGUCAACACAUGGACACCAUGAUUGCGGCGUUUGCAGAGCUGCUGCAGGCCAGUGAUGUGGACGACUGCGUGGCCACAGGUUUCCAGGAGCAGCUGAGUCAGUGUGCGGAGCUGCUGGAGAGACUGGAGAAGCUGUUCCUCAGUGGAAAACCAGCUGGAAUGGAGCUGACUCUCCACAAUGAGCCCAUAGAGAGGAUGGAAGCAAACAACUUAACCUACCAACCUAGUCUGCUGGAGUCUUCUGAGCCUUCUGCCUCUCACAUGUUGUCUGAUGAUGAAAUGUCCGAGAAGUCCUCCCUCUCACAAGAUCAGAAGCCUGACAGUGAGACUGAGAAGGUGGAAAUGGCGAUGAACCAUUUUUCUCAAGAUUUGCUAAUGGAACACAUUCAGGAAAUUCGAACUUUAAGAAAACGUUUAGAAGACUCUAUUAAAACAAAUGAGAAGCUACGGAAACAGCUAGAACGGCAAGGGUCUGAGUUCGAUCAAGGUUCUGCAAAUAUCUUUUCUUAUGGUUCAGAGCUGCACAGUUCUUUGACAUCAGAAAUACAUUUCCUGAGGAAGCAGAACCAGGAGCUCAACAUGAUGCUGGCGAAGGGGUCUCAAGAUAAACAGAAAGAGAAUGAAAAAUUGCGAGAGUCCAUCUCCAGGAAGGCUGCGAGUCUGGAGCACCUUCAGCAAGAGUAUGCCAGUGUGAAGGGGGAGAAUGAGAGGCUGCAGAAGGAAGUCAGUGAGAGGCAGAGACACAACCAGCAGCUGCUCCAGGAGGUCCACAGCGGCCGCCAGGAGCUGAGCAGGGUGCAGGAGGAGGUGAAGUUGAAACAGCAGCUGCUAUCACAGAAUGACAAGCUGCUGCAGUCCCUCCGAGUCGAGCUGAAGGUGUAUGAGAAGCUGGAUGCGGAGCACACCCGGCGACAACAAGAGGCCAGAGCAGAGGCAUUGGGAGCAGGCUGGAAGGGGCAGGAUCCUGGCAGUGACCUGCACGGCCUCCUGACAGAGAUCCAGGCUUUGCGGGCACAGCUGGAAAGGAGUAUCGAGACCAACAACACCCUGCGGAGCAAGCUGGAGGAGCAGCUGGCACAGGGGGCCAAGAAGGCCCAGGAAGGAGCCCUCGCUCUGUCUGCCCAAACCCUGUCCGUCCCCGAGCAGUCCCUUCGUCUAGACAAAUACGAUGGUGACAAAUAUUCCAUGGCAAAUGAUAAUUCGUUUGAUCUGUUUGAUUCUACCCAGCCAGUAACACCAAAUUCAGUUUCAGAAUUUCCUCCAUUCUCUGAAAAUGAUGUGGACUCCCUUUCCUGUGAUAGUAACAGCUUGGCAACCACUACCUCGUGCAUGUCCCACUUGGUCACUGGACACCGCCUAUGGGCCAGCAAGAGUGGCCACCAUGUCCUAGGCCUGUUUACGGACUAUGAUGCCCUGUGGAAGCAGAUCUGCCAGGUCCAGAGGCUCCUUGCUGAGAUGGACCCUCAAACCCAUGAGGCUCCCAGCCCAAGUCAAGAGCUGGGGACAAAGGGCCCAGACGAGGCAUUUCCGAGCAAGUUUGUCUCUGGCUUGAGCACAGCCAGGCAGAUCCUGGAAGAGGCCUCGAGGGCACUGAAGCUCCUCUGGAGAGUCUCCCUCCCAACAGAUGGCCAAUGUCCCCUCCAUUGUGGGCAGAUAAGUGAAAUGAGAGCAGAGAUCACUAAACUACAUAAAAAACUGUUUGAACAAGAGAAGAAGUUGCAAAACACCGUGAAGCUUUUGCAGCAGAGCAAACACCAGGAAAAAGUCAUCUUUGACCAGUUGGUCAUCACCCACAGAGUCCUGCGGAAGGCCAGAGGGAACCUGGAGGCCCAGGGGGGCCCACCCGGAGACAUCCAGUCCCAGCAGACCCGGCUCCUGAGGACAGUUGCCAGCCAAUAAAGCUUGUGGCCCCGGA